UUGACGGCAAGCGCACGUAAGAGCAUUGACGUGCUAAUAGGAAGAAGAAAAGGAAGGAAGAAAAGAGGAGGAAGAGGACGUAGCUUUUGGUGCUUGUGGGUCAAGUGUUCCGGUCGAGAUGCUCUACCUGGUCGGUCUGGGUCUCGGGGACGCCCUCGACAUCACCGUGAAAGGAUUGCAGGUGGUCCGGAAGUGCUCCCGGGUCUACUUGGAGGCCUACACGUCCAUGUUGACUGUGGGCAAGGACGCACUGGAGGAGUUCUACGGCAAGGAAGUGGUCCUGGCCGACCGGGAACUGGUGGAGCAGGAAGCCGAGCGGAUCCUGGAGCACGCCAAGGACGCCGACGUAGCCUUCCUGGUGGCGGGCGACCCCUUCGGCGGCCUUUUCGUCGGCAGUGCGACCACUCACAGCGACCUGGCGCUGAGGGCCGUGCGCGCCGGGAUCCCGUACCAGGUGGUCCACAACGCGUCCGUCAUCACCGCCGUCGGCUGCUGCGGCCUGCAGCUGUACAACUUUGGCGAGACGGUGUCCCUGGUGUACUGGACGGACUCGUGGAGACCAGAGAGCUUCUACGACAAAAUCCUGCAGAACCGAGCUGCCGGUCUGCACACGCUCUGUUUGCUGGACAUCAAAGUGAAAGAGCAGUCGCUGGAGAACUUGAUGAGGGGCAAGAAGGUCUACGAACCUCCGCGCUUCAUGAGCGCGGCCCAGGCGGCCGACCAGCUGCUCCAAAUCGUCCGCAGGAGGCGGAACCAGGGGGAGGAGCCUGCCAAACACACGCGUCCUGUGCGCAGGUCUGACGGAGGACACGCUGUGCGUGGGCGCGGCCAGACUGGGGGCCGCCGACCAGAAGAUCGUCACGGCGACGUUGGCUCAAAUGACCUCGUGCGACCUCGGCGCGCCUCUCCACUCGCUGGUCGUCACCGGCAGGCUCCACCCCCUGGAGGCGGACAUGUUGCGGCUGCACGCGCCAGAUGACGCCCUUGCGAGCCUCCGCCUCCUUGACGGCUCCUAAUGUGCGCACGCCAGCACCUGGGUGGCAUUGACACGCACGCACACACGGGCUCUGAGACGAAUGGCGUCCGACGGCCGGGCCGGCCACGUGAGGGGCCGCCACGUAUCUCACGCAAGGUGGCUCAACUGGACCAGCGCAAAUGUCCUCAAUAAAUUUAAGGAAAUCAACACGUUGUUGCUCUUUAUGCCCAAAUGUUGAGUUGGACCCGCCUCUAUCGAUCACGGCGUUUUACCGCACAUUUUUAUACGCAUGCCACAUUAACGAUCCGACAGCACAGUCGAGAGGUCAUGGGUUCAAAUCCGGGUGUCGGCCUUCCUGCGUGGCGUUUGCCUGUUUUCCCUGUACCUGCGUGGGUUUCCUCCCACAUUCCCAAAACAUGCCACGCAAGGUCAAUCUGGUGUAUGGGGGGGAAAACGGGGGCAAGGCGAACGGGACGUGACAACGCACGCGUAGAAACUUUUUGGACCAAAUAUGCCAAUACGCCACAUUUUGGCUUCCUUCGCGUUUACA